AUGCGAGAAGCCAACACAGUGGCUGAUGGCUUAGCUAAAGCUGGGGUCAUGAUUCCAACUACAGGAUUCUCAGAAGUAGCUGAACUCGUGGGCAUUACCAUGAUUGGUUUCGAAGGAAACAUAGAGACCAAAAUCUUGUCCCCUAAAACAACCUACGUAGCGUACUUGGUAUUUAAGUUUGCAGAGUGUAGAUACGAAUUUAGAGGACAUGGAUGGAUGGAGACUGAGAUGGGUGAGUUUUACAAUGAAAAGGAAGAAGACGGGGUCGUGAAUUGUUGUGUAUGGGAGAUUGAUAAUUGGUUUAGUAAGCAUAGUCUUAUUGUUGAAGGAAUUGAAUUUAGGCCUAAGCAAAGUUCAUAG